AUGAACCCAUCACUGUACUUAGAGAUGGCUGUCAAACGUGCAGAAUAUCUGGAGAAGCUGGAGGCGGCCACAGCAGCACCUCAAGAAUGUCCAGCAGUGGGACACGAUGGUGCUCAAGAAGUCGUACGUCAGGCGUGGCAGAGAGGUCGAGGAAUGCGACGACCGUGGCGGCCCACCUAUCGGUUCCAGCACAGACCAUCAGCCCGUUGGCAUAACGGACAUCCAACUACGGUGAGCCACAACCUGAGGCGUGCCGAUAUCCAUCCUGGGGAAGACGGUCGCUGCAAUAUCACUGGCGGACCAGGUUAA